UGUACUGUAGCACUGGCUGGCUGUAGAACUGGAGGAGACAGGGGAGAGACAGAACCGGCUGCGUGCUGGGACAAUCUGCAGAGCAGCAGCUGCUCACGUCGGCAGGCGGGGGAUGCUGCUCCGGGAAUCUCUCUGCUGGAUCUGCCAGGCUCGGCCGGUGCACCCGCGCUGCGGACUUGCAGUGCCACCCUCCUCACCCUAGGAGAAAGUGCUCCCUGGUACUUAGUAAUAUUGCAUUUCCCUGCACAUGGAUCCAGGUGUUGUAUGCAUAGACAGUCACUGUCAUACCCUGCAUGUUCUGUGCUGCUCUCUGUAUCGCACCCGUUGUAAUAGUUACUUUGCAACAAGCUGCGGCCAGUAGAGCGGAGUAUUCCUGCACAUCGCUGCAGUGAUCCGUCUUGGUUGCAGGAUGGGUGGAAAUCUUGGCUGUCAUCGGUCCAUUCCAAGGGACCCGUCAGAUCUGUGCCAGAAGAACCGCAAGUUCAGUGCAGCCUGUAACUUCAGCAACAUUCUGGUGAGCCAGGAGAGGCUGAACAUCAAUGCUGCCUCCGAGGAGGAGCUGAUGACCCUGCCAGGGGUGACCAGGCAGGUGGCACAGAACAUAGUGGAGUACAGAGAGUAUAUUGGUGGCUUUAAGAAGGUGGAGGACUUGGCUCUGGUUAGUGGGGUGGGGGCUGCUAAAUUGGAACAGGUUAAGUUUGAGAUUUGUGUCAGCAGUAAGAGUGGCUCCGUCCAGCACUCACCCAACUCUCUAAGGAAGGACAUGGAGCAUGGGCAUCAUGGUCAGCAUCUGUCUGCAACCAGGAUCAACAUUAACACUGCAACAGCUUCCCAGUUCAUGGGCCUCAGGGGGCUGACAGAUGAUAUGGCCCAGGAUAUUAUCCACUACCGCACCCAGCAUGGCCCCUUGAAGAGCAUUGAGGACUUGGUCAAAGUGGACUCCAUUAACUCAUCUUUCCUGGACAAAAUCAGACACCAAGUUUAUGUACAAAGGUCACGGCCACCAUCCACACAUACCAAUGGGGGCUUACACUUCAUGGCCAAACCUCAUCCUAGUCCAACCUCCCUAAGCUUGCAGAGUGAGGACCUUGACUUUCCACCUGGAGGACCCACUCAGCUCAUCUCCACUCGCCCUGCCGUAGAAGUCUUUGGAGGUGUGAGGGAGGGUAAACCUGUGCUCAGGUUGGCAACAUGGAACCUACAAAACUGUAGCCUGGACAAGGCCAGCAACCCUGGGGUCAGGGAAGUAAUAUGCAUGACUAUACUGGAGAACUGCAUCAAGCUUGUAGCUGUUCAGGAGCUGUCAGAUAAAGAUGCACUGGAAAAGUUCUGCUCGGAAUUAAACCAACCUUCUCUGCCUAACAUUCGUAAGUGGAAAGGAGUGAGAGGAUCGUGGAAGUGCAUUGUUUCAGAAAAGCCAUCGUCCAGCCCAAAUGAGAAAGCAGCAUAUUCCGGAUUUCUGUGGGACACAACAGCUGGAAUUGAGCUAAAGAAUGUUAUUUUGCUGGAAAACUCUCAAAGCAAUGGCAAUGGCAAGCACACUUAUUCACAGCCCUAUAUUGCACAUUUCAAGGUUGGAAUGAAUGAUGUAACCCUGGUAAAUAUUCACCUACGACCUUCCCCGAGUGAAGUUGGAAAGCAGCAAAGUGACAGCCACAAAUCGUCCACCUUUGGACAAACACUGCAGGAGACCCUGAAAGGAGAAAAAGACAUAAUCAUUUUGGGAGGAUUCAGCCAGCCCCCAGAUAGCAGUAACUUUGAUUCUCUGAGAAAAGAAAAGUUCCAGAACUUGCUUCCAGCAAACACAUUUACAAAUAUAAGCACAAAGGCACCUCAAGGAAACAAGUCUCUAGACAAUAUCUGGAUCAGUAAGAGCCUGAAGAAAGUGUUCACAGGUUACUCGCUGGUGGUAAGAGAAGGACUUACUAAUCCAUGGAUUCCUGACAACUGGUCAUGGGGUGGAGUGGCUUCAGAGUACUGCCCUGUACUAGCAGAAUUUUACAUGGAGAAAGACUGCAAUAAGAAGGAGAUGGCUCCAAAACCUAACGGAGUUACUGUGGAACGCAACGAGGCAAACGUAAAACAUGAAAGAUGAAAAAUCAAUGUCGUCCUUAAAUCUGAACAAGAUAUGCUAGGGAUAUUUCUCCUGGUUUCUGACUGUACUGUGAACAAGGAUUGCUACACUUUGAAUAGUCCCAAUAUUAAUGACUGGUCUCAAGUACCCCAUUGUCUCAUAUUUUAACACCUGGAUAAUGUAGAAUACAAUCUGGGAUAGGUUAGCUGCUGCCUCUAGUCAUCUACCACAGCCUUCUAUGGAUGGAUGCUUGCGUGCCGCGCACAGAUAACGCAGAUGAAUGACAAUGCACAAGAAGGAAAAUAUACAGUGAAACCUUUUUUCCCUGUAUUUUUAACUGAUUUUGGAAAGUGAUGCAAUAAUACAACAAAAGACUGUAAGAAAGAGACCUUUAACACUGUUAGUGAUUUUUCGCAAUUAAAUUAAUGAAAUUACCUGAAGAUUGCAUGCUUUUAUAUGUGUUAAGGCCAUUUUCAACUUUUAACUAUGCACUUUUAAUCCCUUUAAUGCUACUGGAGACAGAUGGCUAAAGAAUGUGAUGGGACGAUGCUUAAAAUAAAAUACUUCGCGAAAAUAUGUUUACUUAA